AUGUUCCAACAGGAGACGAAGCCCCAAGCCGAUUUCCAGUCUCUUGCUGAAGAACUCCAGUCUUAUAUACUGAGUUUUCUUCCUUACCGAGAUAUUCUUCGAUGUAUAUCCGUAUGUAAGGCCCUUCGCCAGACGUACAUAUCGUGCUCCGAGCUUCAGUACAUCGUGGAGCUUGGCGGUCAACACCUCCUCCCUGUCCCUAACACCUUUGAUAAUCGCACUCCUAUUUCCAAGCGCCUACAACUCCUGAGGGAUAAUGCUCACGCAUGGUUCAGAUUUGAUAUCCACUCUUUCGAAACAGGUUUCUAUACCAUUCCAUACCUGAAAUGUGGGUUGUUAACGGGCAUCUUUGCCUGUGGGAGCGACAUGGAGACUCGACCACAAUUUUCCCAGGUACUACCGAAGCCUUCCCAAUACACGAUUGAGCGUGGUUGGUCUCCGAUGUCGUUGCGUUCAGAUCCCAAUGCAUACGGCUUCGAUGUGCUCAUGGACCCAAUGCAAAAUCUCAUCGCCAUCGCGUAUGCCACUGUCGACGAUCAUUUCCAAUGGAAUGACGAGAGAAUCUAUAUCGAUCUCGGUACCCUAGAUGGAGGAGGUAUCCACCCCCAAGCCGUCGGACGGACAUUAUUUCGGUCAGAGUUGCCCGGAAUCCAGAGCGGCACUCGCACUUCAACAAAUUUGGGGAAAUUAAAACUCAAGUAUUUCGGAAGGCAUAUCGCUCUGUGGCACUCUCGACAGAUCACUAGUGAAUAUUUGGAUGAGAGGCUAUGGGAAUUGCAGAUCUGGGACUGGCAGCACUCAACAACGUCCAGUAGCUUCCUCAGUGUCACAAUAAACCCACCGUGUGAGGAAGCAAUCGAUUUUUGCUUCCUCGGAAACGACAGGUUGCUUGUUUUCAGUGAUGUCAUCAAGAUCUAUUUGAUCGAGGACACGUCCCAGGCGCCGCAAUUACUAGCCUCGCGACCCCAGAUACUAGCCCAACAAACGUUGUGGACUUCUGACCCUGAACAUCAACUACUAUCGGUUGUCACAUUCUCUCCGAGUCUCAUCUUCAUCAUCUCCACCAGAAUUUUCUUCCAUCUCGAUUUAUUUGAGGGGAUGCUGGGAGCAAUACCGUGGAAAAACUGGGGCCCUUUAAAUACUCGUGCAUUCCAGACACCUCACCGUCGCAACAUUUCCGUUGGUGGAAAUCGAGUAUUGCUGGCGUUUCCUGAAGAUGACACGACUAGCAUCUGGCAUUCCCCAAAAAAGUAUAGAUUACAUGUGAUAGACUUCAGCCCGUUAGCUGUUGAGCGUCGACAAGGUCUAGGACGAGUCGUAAAAGAGCCAUCUACGAUAGAAAUCACAGACUCACAGACGGGGGAGAGCUUAACGACAUCCCUGCCAUACGUCGAGAUUGCGUUGAACCAGGACAGAGCAUUUGGAUAUCGUGGGUUUGAAAAGAUGUGGAUUGAUAGGGACAGAAUUUAUUUCUAUCAUGGAUCGAAUCAGCUCGAGGUCAUUGAGAUAACGCCAAGGAAUGUAGUUGCAGCAAAGCCUAUUACAUCGUCAAACUAG